AUCUAUCUACAGGCAAAGUGCGAUACACAGCUGAAUAAAACAGCUAAUUUAUUGUACACCGUUUGAAAAUGUAUAUAUGAGGAAAAAGUUUUAAUCUUGGUGGCUAAGUUAAUGUGCUUUAUGUGCUAAAUAUAGUCAUUUCCUUUUUUUAACUACAAGGGUGACUGUUUCCUCUAAAAACAGAUGUCACAAAAAUCGUGGUAUUAACCAGCACUGUCAUCUAUUUUGGUUAAGGUAACUUGAAUAUUUGAAUUGUUAACAGGGUGUAAUUGUAAAUAAUUUGACAAGAGACUCGGAGAAAGUCUUAACGACAUGGAUCAUGAGACAUAGCAUCAUCUAGCAGCGUGUGUUUUGAGCGGAUAGGGCUACGUAAGGGGAUCACCUCGCGCUUACAAUUUGAGGAAAAACGAAGACUUCCUAAUGACCUGUCAAUCCACUUGAGCUCUUUAGCUGUUGUCUAAGAAUAGUUCUUCAAUUUAUAAAAAGUGUCGAGGCCGCACAGGCAUCAGUAGCGUCUUAGUUUGAGUGGUUGUACAACACGCCUGUGUCUGCAUCGCUGGGUCACAUGCAACGCUUAGUAACAGGAGGUAAAUGAAACAUGUAACGUUAGUGAAUGAGACACUGGAUUACAGUGUGUGGACUUGAAGACAGAGAAGAUCAGGAUUUACACACAGCGAAUGCUAAAAGGUGUCUGUCUUGCGACUCUGCAGGAUGAGCAGCACGUUUGUGACCCUCGCGGAGGUGCUGGAAGCCAGAGGAGGACCGCUGGAGGAGGAUGAGGUCUGGUCCCUCUUGCUGGGCUCGUCCGAAUCACUCGUGGACCUUUCCUACAAAGGUCACAAUAUCUGCAACAUUAUAACUCCUGCAUCACUGCUUUUGUCAGCGACUGGCACGCUGGCGUUUAAGAACUGUGCGAUGACAGAUGAGGUGUGUGCCUUCACAGCCCCAGAAAUGCUGCAAGGCCGGGCUAUCUCAACCAAGCUAGCUAUGGAGAAGAUAAUUGUUUAUUCUCUUGGUAUGACUCUCUAUUGGUCAGUUGAUUAUCAUCUUCCUCAAAACCAGCCCAUUCAGCUAAGUGACUCUCUGAACUGCCUUCUCCUGAGCAUGUGUGAGGACAUGGCCCACCGGCGAGCAAACCUGAACUCCAUCCUGGAGGCGUGUGAAUCACACCACAAAGCCUCUCUCCUGCCUCCUCCAAAUAAAGUCAUCAAACAGCUGGUGGAGGACGUCUUCCAAGAUUCUGUGGACCGAGCUGCUUUAACUGAGAACGUUGUGCAAUUGAGUGGCAAGAGUCAGAUGAUCAGAGAAAGACUUCACGGUAAGCGUGGACCAUAUCCCGGUUAUACGGAGGGGAACGAAGCUACAGGAGAGACACGCAGACUUUCUCUGGAUUCUGAGCUGAAGCAAGACGUGUUCCAUGACCAGAAAUCCAGGUCUCUCAGAAGCAGACCUAGUCAGACCGCAACCUCACAGGGCACUCCUAACAGAAUUCCACCGGGACUUCAACACAGACGAAGCACAAGUUGUUGGCUGUCACAGAGUUCGUACCUCAGUGUUCCCAGUAAAAGUGAAGCCCGACUUUCCAGUCCCUGUAUUACUGUGAAUGACUCUGCCGUCAACCUCUCUCAAAGGAAAGCCAAGAGUCUUGGACCUGAGUUUGGCAGAAUGACAGAUGAACCUCAAAUUGUUUUGGAGCUGCCUGGAUCUAUAGUGUCAAAGAAGGGCAAGUCAGGUUUGUCUCAAAGAGAAGUUAAUGUGAUCAUGCCGAAUGAGCAGUGUGUGGUGGUGAAAUGUGACAUCAAGUCUCGUGGUAGAGAUGUCUUUGACAUGGUUGUGGCUCAUGCGAACCUUGUGGAGCACUUUUACUUUGGCCUUGCUUUCAUAGAUGAUGGUGAAUAUUUCUUUUUGGACCAAGAGACAAAAGUCUCAAAAGUUGCACCAGAUUCCUGGAAGAAAGUGGCUUCUGCAACGUUUACCCUUUUUCUCCGUGUCAAAUUUUUCCCUGAUGACAUUUCCUACAUAUUGCAUAGACUUACCCGUCACCAAUACUAUCUCCAGCUGAGGAGGGAUAUACUGGAGGACAGAGUGUAUUGUAAUGAAGAGAUGGCUUUGUUUCUCGCUGCGCUGGCACUACAGGCUGAGUUUGGAGAUUACAUGUCUAAUGUUUAUGGGAAGAACUAUUUCCAGAUGGAGCAGUACAUCUCUAGGAGAGUUAUAGAGAAAGUGCCCUUGCCCUGUUUAAGAGACGAGUUGCCAAGGUUGCAUGCCAAUAAUGUCCAGAUGCUUCCAGAGGAGGCAGAGAUGGAGUUUCUAAAGAUUGCCCAGCAGCUACCAGAGUAUGGGGUCCUGUUUCACCGAGUAGCCCGUGAAAGGAAACCUGCUAUUGGAGAGCUGAUAUUGGGAAUUUGUGCCAAAGGAAUUAUGGUCUACGAAGUGAAGAGCAAUUGUCGUAUAUUAAGCCGCAAAUUUCAUUGGUCGGAGACAGACAGUCUUUCAGCGAGUAGAAGAAAACUCACCAUUGAGUGUAGUCCGAGUGGUAAGAAGCAUUCGUUUGUGACCGAGAGCUCAAAGAUCGCACAAUAUCUGCUGAACCUCUGCUCAGCCCAGCACAAGUUUCACAGUGAGAUGACCUCUCGACAACUCGCCUACUGUUUGGCCUCAGAUGACAACGUUGCAAAAUACACGUCAAUAUUUCGAGCCCGGCACAAUCAGAUAAAGAGGCUCUCUUGCUCUGAGAUCAUGCUCAAUAAUGUUGGUUUGAAUGCCUUGCCGAACGACACCAUGAGCAGGUCCUGCGACGACCUGUCAGCGAAGAUCGGGGUCCGGAUACGACAACAGAGCGACAAUUACGUCCCUGAACAGAGAGUUCUGGGUGAACUGAAAGACCAGAGUCAAAGCUCCAGCCCGCUGGACACUUUCAGUACUCCGAUCUAUCGGAUCAUGUCCAACCUCUCUCUGCAGAAGCAGGACUCUGAAGCUAAUUCCACCACUUCAUCUAUAAGAGUGGACACUCCCACAAAAACAACUCCAGAAAGAGAAAUCAUAUGUGUUACUCUUAAAAAAGAUCCCAAACUUGGUUGUGGUUUUGAAAUAGUUGGGGAGGACAACACGGGAAAAUUAGAUCUUGGAAUUUUCAUCGCAUCCAUCGUUCCUGACGGACCAGCCGAUAAAGAUGGCAGGAUCAGACCAGGUGGUCGGUUGAUCUCUCUAAAUAAGAUCAGCCUAGAGGGAGUGACGUUUAAUACAGCGGCUUCCAUACUGCAGAACAGUCCAGAUGAAGUGGAGCUCAUAGUGUCCCAACCCAAACAGGACUUUCGGGAUAGCAAGACCUCUUUGGCCACAUGCAAUCUGGGGAUGAUGCUGGAAAGAGGCUUUGACUCCCAAAGCUCUCUGAAUGCAGAGUACAGGCCUGUUAUGGAGGAACUGGAAGAGACGCUUUCCAACAUCAUGGCUCCCAAAAUGGGAAAAAGGCUACAUGUACCUGUAGUGCGCAUCUUGGACAUUCAGGAUGAGCUGUCCAAUACCUUUAACAUGAAGCCAGGUGAGGUCACCUACAUCGAGCUCAGAAAGAUCAACGGCAGUUUGGGAAUCAGCGUCGCUGGAGGAAUCAACACCAAUGUACGUCAUGGAGGAAUUUAUAUCAAGAAUGUGAUGCCAGGAGGAGCGGCAGAUCAAGAUGGAAGAAUACAGAUCGGUGACAGGCUGCUGGAGGUGGACGGCUGUAACCUGCGUGGCGUCACCCACAGGCAGGCGGUAGAAUGCCUGAAGAGAACAGGAGAGGUUGUGAGUCUGGUUGUGGAGAGAGAGCCUCCAGUGGUACUGGACACUUCUAGUGCCUCGUCCACGUUAGAAAGAGAGAGAUCCCCUUCACCCCUCAGCGCACAGAGCACACCCACCCCCCGAAGGAGAGAUGUCGCCAUGGAAACGCCCUUGUCUGUCCGGGCCAAGGACUUCAGCUUUGUGUCAAAUGAAAACACCCUGGAGGUGAUUCUUCAGAGGAGUUCGGGUGGCCUGGGCUUCAGUUUUGUCAUUUCGUCGUUGUGUCCUGAUGAGGGCAGCAUGGUACAUAUUAAGCGCCUUUUUCCUGGUCAGCCUGCAGGGGAUUGUGGGCUUCUAAAGGAGGGAGAUGUUAUCCUGGCUAUCAAUGGAGAAUCUGUUAGAGGCCUGUCCUAUGAGGACGUUCUGCAUCUCCUCCAGAAAUCUCCAUCUGAGGUUAGGCUGUCAGUUUGCAGACCCUCACGUGAACGCAGAGAUAUUACCACUUCACUGAAUCUUGCAGCACCUCCAAACCGUGCACUGAGAUCCAAGUCUUUAGACCUACAAGCGAGAUCUGUCGCCCCAGACUUUAGUGAGCUCCUCAAGAAGAGAGCAGUAGAGAUUGCUCCAAAGAAAGCUGCAUCUCCAGAGAUAACCCAAGAGAUCCCAGCGACUCAAGAGAGCCGGGAUAGUGAGCUGCAGGAUAAAUCUACAUCAACCCCUCCAUCACCACCUUCCCUUCCAUCCUCAAGUGAAGCCGGAGAAACAAAACCUUCUGCCAUGGUGGAGGAGGAGCAUGAUAACAAAUCCUCGCUCUCAACCCCAUCGACUGUUACAACCAUCAACUCAGCAACAUCUCCAGUCACUCCUGAAGCAGCCUUAACAGCCAAUCAGGAAGAGUCAAAAAACAAUACUAGUCACACCAAUGAAGGUAUAGAGGAGAGCAUAGCAGGGUUCAUAGCUAAUGGUCUAAGAGUCGUAUCCAGUGAGGAAUACUUGUCCAUCACCAGCACAUUACCCGUCUUCAAACAUCUGCUUCCUCCACCACCCUUUUCUCCAUCACCACUAAGCACACCCCCACCCUACCAAGAAGUACCUCCAAGACACUCUCCACCAGAACCUAAGCCACCUGCCCAGUCCACUGCUCUCUCAACCGGCAACAAUGGCUGGGACGAUGAAGAUGAAGGCGAUGAAUGUCCCACAAAAGAUAUGUUGAAGGAGUUCGAACUGACUGUCUCACUCACCAAAUCGUGGUGUGGCAGUUUUGGUUUUACCAUUACCAGGAGUAAACUGGACAACUGCUAUUACAUCCAGGGUGUCCUGGAUAAUCCAGCCAAGUCAGACGGCAGACUGAGAGCAGGAGACAGACUUGUCAUGGUAAACGGCCUCUAUGUGACUAAUGUGACGGAUGAGAUGGCUAUUAGCAUUCUCAGGUCCUCCUCUAAAAGACUGCACAUGGUGCUGGGCAGAGCUGUGCAAAAUCUGCUGCCUCCACCACCUCCUGACACGCUUCAAGACAUUGUCAUAUCCAAAACUCCAUCCGGUCAGCUAGGUAUCAAGCUCACGGGCGGCAUUGGCAGUAAGUGGCAGGGAAUUUAUGUCCUGGAGGUGGUGCCAAACUCACCUGCUUGUGAGGAGGGCAGCAUCCAGCCCAAUGACAAGAUUGUUUACAUCUGUGGGAGAUGCACCCUGGGAAUGACACUGGAAGAUGCAGUAAAAGUGUGUGAGGGUGCUCCACGCAGAGUCAUUUUAAAAGCCAUGAGAGAUGAUCAACCUGUGAUACCAAAAGGUUUGUUUGAAUGGCAGGAGACGAAGCUCUUCCCUCGCCUGCAAGAUCUCAGCUCACCUGAUGUGGAAGCAGUCCCUACAGAAGGUAACCCUGCUGCUGAGGGUGCCCUGCGAUUCAGGAAGAGGCUGUCUGUGACAUCAGAGCAGGAGAGCUGCAUUAUCCAGGUAGACUUCACCAAGCCAGAGAGGGGUGAGCUGGGUUUUGCUCUGGUGGGCGGAGUCAAUGGGAGCGUUCUUAGAGUGAAGGAUAUUUGUUGCGGAGGGAUGGCCGAGCAUGAUGGGCGUCUGCGAGUGGGAGACAUCCUUUUGGAGGUGAAUGACGUCAUUGUGUCAGGACUGGGCCACUGUGAAGUGGCAGAUAUUUUGAGGAAAGCAGAGGGCACAGUUCAGCUGACGGUAUGUAGGGACAUCCUGCCCAUGUCAACCUGCUCUGGAUCUAGCACGCCCGCUGAGACUUCUCAGGAAUUAACUACAACUAAAUCUGCAGAUGUUACAGCACACACAAACACACACACAGACGUGUCUUUCCAAACCUCAGAAUGUCUUGGAGGAGAAUGUGAGCAGGAAAGUCGAAACUGUACACCUACAUGUCAGAGGUGUUGCCCAUCUCUGAGAGUUACAGACAUGUUACAGGAAAGGACAGACCCCCAGAAGCAGCAUCUGGAAAAUUCUGCCAUGAAAAAGCAUAGCCAGUCAGACGGCUGGAGCAGUGAUGAGGAAGACUAUGAAGGAGAUGAUGACGACAGCACGCCUCUGCCGUCGCCCCCGGAGACCAUCCCUCAUACAGGUGAAGUGAUUGUGUCAGAAGAGGAGCUUGCCAGUCUUGCAGUGAUAUCUCCUCCUAAGAAUGGCCGGUACUCUGGCUCCAGGGUCAAAGCCCUCAUCCAGUCUCUCGAACAGCUGGAAAAGCAAGAUCUGAUCAAAGAAUUUAUGGCUUUAGAGCAUUUGAAACCCUCAGACAACUGUCUGGUUGGAAAAGCCCCUGAAAACCGUGAGAAGAACAGAUAUAGAGAUAUCCUGCCCUACGAUAAGACGCGCGUUCCUGUGGGAGAAAACAAAGACUACAUCAAUGCCAGCUACAUUCGUAUGAAGGUGGGCACAGAAGAGUUCCUCUACAUCUCCUCUCAGGGCCCUCUGCCCGGCACACAGGAUAACUUCUGGCAGAUGGUGUGGGAGAACAAGUCUGAUGUUAUCGCUAUGAUGACUCAGGAAGUGGAACGCGGACGUGUCAAAUGCCACAAGUAUUGGCCCGAGAGAAUCAGUGUUCCCAAAGAAACUGACCGUUACCAGCUCAUCCUGGACAACUACCAGAUGCUCGGAUAUUUCCACAUUAAGAUCAUCAAGAUGGUGGAAAAGGAGAGUGGAGACGUUCAUUUAGUGAAGCAUCUGAAGUUCACCACAUGGCCUGACCAUGGCACACCUCACUCCUCCGAGCAGCUGGUGUGUUUCAUUCGCUACAUGAGAGCCGUACACUCUAAAGGGCCAAUCACGGUCCACUGCAGUGCAGGCAUCGGUCGAGCUGGAGUCCUCAUCUGCACUGACGUCAUCCUCAGUCUCAUUGAGAAAGAUCUGAGUAUUAAUGCGAGUGACAUCGUAAAGGAGAUGAGACUUCAGCGUCACGGCAUGAUUCAGACCAAAGAACAGUACCUCUUCUGUUACAAAGUCUGGCUGGAAGUUUUGCAAAGCAUCUCACUUCUUCAUGGUAACCACUGGCAAUCUGAAACCUCUUCAUGUAUGAAGCCUUAAAGUCUUACAAUGGCUUCCUCAUGAAGAAAACAACAAUCGGUUGUUGCGUGGCAGAAUGGUGAUUUUGUGUGUGUCUGAUACACAGUAGUAUGACCACUUGUUUCAUAAUCAAGCAUUGGGCUAGACAUAUUCAUUAAUUGUGCAAUGUCUGAUUUAUAUUUUUGUAUGUCUUUUCGUCACUCUGAUAACAAUGCUGAUAUAAUAGCCUUUACAGACUCUUAGUCGUUUUGCCUUGGAUGUGUGGUAGUUUUGUUUUUGUUAAGAUAAAUGAUGCAUAUUAGUCAUUCAAUCAAGUUAAUACCGUAGAUGUAUCCUCAAACCACGUGAAUAAAUGACAAAAUGUAUGCUUUGAAUUCUAUAGGCUAUUAUGCAAACCUAAACACAUUUUGUCAUUUUCUUCCAGUAUCAUAUCAACUAGACAUUAUUGUAUUGUGUCUAAUUUUAGUCACUGUAUUUCAUUUAUAAAUGCUUUUUACACUCGUCUGAGAACCGGCCGGUACAUUCUCAAAUCAAUUUUAGUAAAGUGCCUUUUAAUUUCUGGUUGUGGGCCGCCUACGGCUCAGCUCUCUUUAUCUGCACUCGCUCUGAUUAAAGCAAGCUGUUUUACCUCCUCAUUGACAGAGGAUAGAAUAGGAAGAGGUAACCCAAAGAAAUCGCUGUGAUGUGGAGAGACAGCCUUUGUUUGUGAAGCUGUGCUUGUUUAGACAGAGUCCCUCUGAAACCAGUAUUUUGACUUUGGAUGGCACAUCAAGUAUUUGCACAUACAGUACAUGUAAUAGAUGCUUGCUGUAAGGAUCUGCUGUCACAAUAUUGAGCAACAAACGCGUGAAUGUGUUAACAAUGGCAAUGGACCAAUAUUCUGUGAUAUUUUAGUAUUCCUCACUGUUUUGCAACAAACCUACUGCACAAUGAUUUGCAGCACAUGAAUGUCUUAAACUGUUUAUUUAAGAGUAUCAGAGCACAUCAAAGAUGGUAAACCGUCUUAUCGCACUUAAUGUUAUUUAUUUGUAUGAUUUUGUUCACAGGCUUUGUAAAAAGACGAUCCUGUCAUUGUAUUACUAUAUUACUGUAAACUUUGUACUUGAGAGCUAAGUACUGUAUAAGCUAGUUAAGCACAGUUAUGAUCUUAGAUGUAUCACACAUGUAUUAAUCUAUCACUGUAAAUGUUUUUACAAAUAAAAAUAGCACAUUAAUCCACA